CAGUUGAAGUGUGUGGUUCUACUGCAUGCGUCGAUCGUGAUACCGUGCAUGUUAGAACAAACAAAAGUGGCUUGCUGAAUCGCAGUUCAUCCUCCGGAGAAUACAACAGCCGCCUAUAAGUACGAGUUACCGAGGCCAAAAGGAACCUGGUCAGCAAUACGCACGGUGCUAAACGGCAAUCGAGCAAGGAAUCACAAAAGGCCUUCGAUCAGCUGUGAUAUUAUCCUCCGAUCGUGUGAAGGCGAUCGCGCACAUGUGCUGACCAGUGGUAUCGUACUGGUGCCACCAUCUUGGAAAGAACCACUUCGUCACAGCAAGCAAAUUCGGUUCUUCAAAGAAAGUUACGAGUGUGUGUGAGAAGUCGCGCGACACACAACGAGUGUGAUAUAGAGCACGGCGAGGUGCAACGGCGGUGCAUGCGAGCAGUACACGUGACACUACGAAGGUGCGAGAGAGCAACGGUGCGACACACGGCAUGCAGGCAGAUCGCGCAACAUAACUGGUGCAUCGGAACGACGGCAGCGGACGCAGCGCAGUUGUUGCAGCGGGGCCCCCACCGGUAACGAGAUAAUUAGUGCGCUAAACAGAUGUUUAUAAGGAAGAACAAUUGUGGUAUGAGAAAUAGAUAUAAGUAUAAACCAUGAUCGAUUAGUAUAUGUUUAAGUAGUCAUUAUCGCCUUGCCUUCGCGAGUCCUGCGCACAUAAGUUCAGUCUCGCUUUCUUCGUUCACUCGUCGGAGUCGAAACAUUAUUCAAGAUCUCCUCGUAGCAACAGAAAUAAGAACCCUACAUAGCACGGUUGCGUAGUCCCCCUUACGAACCGUCUUUGCGUAUUAGCACGAAUUUGUAACAUUGGCGCCCAAAUAAAAAACCCACUCUCGCGUACAGCAAUUUGCGAACAGUCAGGUUAGUGAUCAGUGAGUAAUAAAUAACUUUUCGGGGGAUCAUCAACAAGUGCAUCAUCAUGGAGUUGGAGCAUCUCAACCCAGAAGAAUUGGAAUUCGAACUAAUGGUGAGAACAGUUCAAGGUUUGAGAGGAAAAGAUAGCAACUGGAAAAUCACAAAACUAUCACAACUCAUCAGCAAGGAGAACAAUGGAGGAGCACUUACACCUACAUCGUCUUCACAUGUGCUUUCGGACGUCGAUAGCAUAUACCAGUGUCAAGCAAAAUUACCACAAAUUAGACAGGCUUUGGAAUCAGCAUUACGGAAGAAGGACGAAGGUCAGAUAAAGAUCUACAGGUCAAGGCUUUUACACUACAGAUUCAGACUGUCUAUUAUAUCGGAUUCAUUAAUCACAGCAAAUGCUAACAAAACGCUGGUAAAGAUCGACAAAACUCUGGAAAGAAUUGAAGCUUUUUUAGUGAAUAUGUCGGUUGUGAAUUCAGAACAACAAGAGAACGACCCCGAUCCAGAAGAAGUACCCGGAGAUCCAGAGACUCUUCAACGGCUCAAGAUCGCCCAGCUUCAAUCAAGCAUAAAAGAAGCUUCCCAGCAGCAACAACAAUUAGAGCAGGAACUUCAGGAACAGUUACUUCAACAACAAUUGCAGCAACCGACAAAUCAACCCGUCCCGGACGAUCAGCGUGAACAAGAAAAGCAAAUGCAUCAACAGCAAAUGGAGCAACAGCAGCAGCAAUUACAGCAGCAACAAGAGAUGAUACGUCAGCAUCAGCAACAACUACGACAAGAACAGCAGCUUAGACUUCAACAACAACGGCAAGGACAGCAGCUUCAACAAUCACUUGAUCAGAUGCAACAGCAACGGCAGCAAUUGGAACAACAAUUACACCAGGAGCAGAUACAGCGACAGCAAAUUGAAGCGCAGCUACAAGAGCAACAAAAUCAAGGUGUGUUUCGGCAAGGUUUUCAGAACAACUCCAUUCCGGGACAUGGGGAUCCUUAUCUACGAAAUCAAUCAGGAAUGCCACAACAGCAACGUGAAUUGGACAAUAUUCCUCCUCACUUGCGAGAGGAUUUCAUACGGUUUUUGGGAUCGCAAGGCAGGCCCAAUACACCUACAAUGUCGAAUCUUCAAGCGACUCCAAACAGAUUCUCUCAACCGGUCCAUAAAUGGCCUUUUGAAUAUACUGGUCAGCCGAACAUCAUCCAGUUAGGUGAAUUUCUCAACCAAGUAAACACUUACGCCGAUACGGAAGGAAUUGAUGAGCAAACACUACUCCGUUCAGUUAAGCAUUUACUCAAAGGGCGAGCUCUUCAGUGGUACACACGCUCCUACAUCCACCUUACCAGUUGGGAAGUGUUCAAAUCGGAAAUAAAGCAGGAGUUCUUACCUCCUAACUAUUCCGAGAUCAUCAAACAAGAUCUGUACUUACGGUUCCAAGGGUCAAAUGAAUCGUUUACGACGUUCUACAGAGAUCUAGUAGCUGCUUUUGAAAUAGUUGAACCAGCACUAUCAGAGUCGGAAAAACUUUUCAUCAUGAAAUCCCAUCUGAACUCGGACUACACUCCGAUAGCUGCUGCGUCACGAGCGAUAACAGUCAAGGACUUGGUUGCUGUUUGCAAAGACUUUGAAGUGUCUCGGUCCUAUUCGAUUCGGGGUAGAGCUUCGACCACUCCUCGCAUUCCUUGGAACAAACCUGAAACUCCGGCAUUUCAGCGUCCAGUGACGAGCAGGGUGGACAAUCCCAACCGGCAACUAUUCAAUAGACACCCGUUCAAUACAGCGCAGGUUAACACGCUUGAACUCAAACCAGACGGGGAAGAAGACUGGAACCCUCUUGAAAUACAGGAACGCGAAGCAUUCCAGCAGGGCGUGGCCAUGCAGAAUGAAAUAACGGCAAGUGCCACGGAAGAAGUUAACGCAGUUCGCCUGCAACAGAAUUGGAAGGAAAGGACAGCUACAGAGCCACAGCAACCGAGCAGUAGCGAGCAUCGCACAAGGAAUUCGGUACCAACUAUCAUCUGUUGGCAAUGCGAAAAUCCAGGUCACACUUAUCCGAACUGUCCCAACCAGAAACGAUUUCUGUUCUGCUACAGUUGUGGGAAAAAAGGAUGCACAACACGGAACUGCGAGGCAUGCAUUUUAAGAUGGAAGCAGUUGGAGUCAGUGAACAUCUCACAGCAUUCGGGAAACCGCAGCUGGGAGAACUCUCAAUAAAGGACGAGAGCUCUCCCGCUACAACCAAAGUCCCUUCUAUUAUCGAAAUUCCCGCAUUCUGCAAAGCAGAAUCUAUCGUAAUCGAUCCAGACAACCAAGACAAUCGCCCAUAUGCAGACAUCAAUAUCCUAGGUCGUCAACUUCGAGGACUCCUGGACAGCGGUGCAACAUGCAGUCUAAUUGGUGGUUCACUCUCCAAAAUAGCAGACGAAUUAGGAUUAACCAAAUUUCCAGUUAACGGAGAGGUAAA